AUGGCAGUGGAAGUGCAGCCGGCGAUGGAUCCAACAUUUGAAAGUAAGAAACGUGGCUCACGGUCUCAUCGUAUCUACAGUAGUGCCGUGCUGCUGGUAGUACUGGUCGGUUCAGUGUACUUUAAAGAGGUCAAGGAGUUCGUCAAAUCGUAAGUUUUUGAAAAUUUAAAAUUUUAAUUUGGUUUUUGUUUAAAAUUUAGUGUUGAAAUUUGAAAAUAUAGGAAAAUAUGUGACAUUUUAUACGUUGAAACGUGUUUGCUCGUCCACCAUGCUUCAGACUAUUCAGAAUGGUUUUUUAAAAGAUUUUCAAAAGCUAAAACGUUGUAGAAUCAUAUUUUCAGACCAAUUGCAAUGUCAAAAUUGCUUACUUUUAUAAAAAUUUGCAGGUUUGAUCCAUUUCUGGGCCAACGCUUGGUAAUGUAUCAAGGUGAAGGUGGACAGAAAUGGCUGGUACCUCAUUCAAAUUACAAUUACACGUAAGUCAUUUUAUUUUGACUACUUUAAAGUUUUUUGUGUACAUAAGAAGGUAUGAUAAAGUAGUUUAAUAUAGUGAAGUGUUGGGGAAGGUAGUUUAGGGUAGGGUAAAAUAAAGCAAAUCGGGCACGGCAGGGUAACACAUGUCCCAAAAAUUAUUGUUUUUAGAUACAAAGCCUACUUCGAAGACUUUGUGUGGAACGAGUCGGCAUUUGCAUUUAUCAACAAGUACUGGCUGAUAUGUCUUCCAAUUGGGUAUUUGUACUAUUUUGGCAUUCAUCGCCUCGAGGCAUUUAUGAAAAACCGUGAGCCCAUGAAACUGCAGACGACUUUGGUGCUUUGGAACUUGUUUUUGGGACUUUUCAGUAUCGCUGGCUUUGUUAGGGUUGUUGAGGUAGGUUUGACUUAAUGGUACUAGUGGUCCACUUUGGCACUUUUGGUUCUAUUUUUUAACUGUACUAAUAAAUUGUAAUUUUUGAGUUAUAUUGACUACAUAUGGAAAUUUUUAACGUUUUGGUACAGAUAGUUGGUACUAAUGGUACUAAUCUUGUAAAAGCUAUCAGUUUUAGGAGUACUACUACGUAGUGUCAAACUUUGGCUUCUAUAACGCCAUUUGUAACAUAUUCAGUCCAAAUGGUCCAGCUUUCUUCUGGAGUGUCAUGUUUACAGUAUCCAAAGUCCUGGAGCUCGGAGAUACUGUAUUUUUGGUGCUACGCAAAAAACCAGUUAUAUUUUUACAUUCCUUUCAUCAUAUGUUUGUUAUGGUCAUCGUAUUUCAUGCUGGUAGGUCAAUAUUUUAAAUCGUUUUGGCCGAGCGACACGUUAUACGACCAAACAUGUUUUAUUCGGCUUCAUUGUAUAAAAUUCCUCUUUUCAGUGGCAGAAAUGGGAGCACCGGCCAUAACCUUCAUGUUGAUGAACUACUUUGCCCAUUCCAUCAUGUAUCCCUACUACGCGGCGAUGGCGGCCGGUAUUAGGGUACCAAGGCCGUUGGCCAAAUGCAUUACCGUAAUCCAAAUCACUCAAAUGUUCUUGGGUGUUAUGGUAACCACAUUCACUGUCUAUAAACGCGACAUCCAAGGAGAAUAGUAAGUUUUGGCAUUAUUUAAUGUUGGUAGGUUAAUUUGAGGAAAAACGGGUGAAAGGGGCAUGUUAUACGAAACAUGUUUCAUCGUAUAACUUGUCUCUUUUUUAUAAAAAAUAUGUUUUAUGAUCUGAUUAUCACUUUAUAAUAGUAAAAAAUAAUUUUUUACAGUUUUUAUUACAUUUUAAAAUUUUCAGCUGCCAAACAACCAGAUUCAGCACGCUUCUCAGCUACACAACCUACGUCGCCUUUGGCUGGUUGUUUGUCCAAUUCUUCCUCAAAGCCUACGCGAAGAAACCCAGAACGGCGGAGAAGAAACACGACUGA